AGCGCGCGUGCGCGUCCUCCCUCCGAGCCCUCCCGACUGCGGCUGCGCAAGAGCUUGGUCUCGGAGGGAAGGAAAGGUUUCUAUUGCGGAGACGCUGCCGGCCGUGGUGAGCGCCGCCAUGCUACUCUCUGCUCCUUUUCGGGUCGCCGUUGCACGCACGGCGGCACAGGUUCGCUGUCUUCAUACAACAGCUGCAUGCAAGGGUGGUGGUGGAGCUUUGUUUGUGCACAGGGACACUUCUGAAAACAAUCCAAGCACCCCAUUUGAUUUUACACCUGAAAACUAUAAGAGGAUUGAGGCAAUCGUAAACAACUACCCAGAGGGACACAAAUCUGCUGCAGUUAUUCCAGUUCUGGAUCUAGCCCAAAGACAGCAUGGAUGGCUACCUAUAUCAGCUAUGAAUAAGGUUGCCGAAAUUCUAAAGAUGCCUCCCAUGAGAGUUUAUGAAGUAGCGACCUUUUACACAAUGUAUAAUCGUAAACCUGUUGGAAAACACCAUAUCCAAAUCUGCACCACUACACCUUGCAUGCUACGAGACUCAGAUAGCAUAUUAGAAGCCAUUCAGCAGAAGCUCGGUAUAAAAGUUGGAGAAACAACAUCUGAUCAGCUAUUCACUCUAACUGAAGUAGAAUGCUUGGGAGCUUGUGUGAAUGCACCAAUGGUACAAAUAAAUGAUAACUACUAUGAAGAUCUGACAACAAAAGACAUUGAAGACAUACUUGAUGAACUGAAAGCUGGAAAAGUUCCAAAACCUGGACCAAGAAAUGGACGCUUCUCUUGUGAGCCAGUUGGCGGUCUUACUUCUCUGACAGAACCACCUAAGCCACCUGGCUUUGGAGUACGGUCAGAUCUUUAGAAUUGCUUUUCCUUCUGUAAAAUAGUACUUCAAAAAUAAAAUCUAAAAUAAGGAUACAA